UUUUUUCCCUCUGUGAUUCUGAUUCUGAUUGAAGCGGAGAAAGGAAUCCUCAAGCUGUUCGAUUUCGAUCAGAUCAGCCAUGGCGGCGUCGAGCGGCAGCGACGUGGAGGCGGGGUUCGCUAAGCUGCAAGGUGAGGACUUUGAGUACUAUAUGCAGACCUACUCCAUCGUCCUCGGCCGCAACUCCAAGAAGUCCACCGUCGACGUCGACCUCUCCAGCCUCGGCGGCGGCAUGAACAUCUCCCGCCACCACGCCCGCAUCUUCUACGACUUCUCCCGCCGGCGCUUCGCCCUCGAGGUCCUCGGCAAGAACGGCUGCCUCGUCGAGGGCGUCCUCCACCUCCCCGGUACCCCACCCGUCAAGCUCGAUUCCCAGGAUCUCCUCCAGAUCGGCGACAAGGAGUUCUAUUUCCUCCUCCCCGUAAGGAGCAUUCUCGGCGGUACCCUCGGGCCAAGGCACCACGUGGCACCCCCUCCCGCGCCGGUGCCAGUGGUGCCGCCGCCGUACGGGUACCAGCUUGUGGGAACCAGCGGCAGCUCAGGGGGGAAGAAAGGGAGGGGGAGGGAGUAUUACAUGGAGGAGUAUGAGGAGGAUGACGAUGGUAUUGGUGGUGGAGGUGGUGGAACCGGCGGCGGCGCUGUGAAGAAACUGAGGAGGGAAGGGUUUGAUGGCUAUGGUUACGGUGGUGGAAAGCCGGGAUUAGCGGGUUCAUCGGGCGAUUUACAUUUAAGCGGAUGUGAUCUUGCUCCUGGAUGCUUAAUUUCGUGUAGAGAAAAAGGGAGAUGGACGAUCGAGAGUCGACAGGGAAGCCGACAAUCAGCAGCUUUUGCAGUUGGAGGAGAAGGAUGUGGUCUCAUCUGUGGCAACAGUGCUCUCCGACGUCUGUGGCCCUGGGGAAUGGAUGCCCAUGGAUAAACUUCAUGCUGAGCUGGUGGAGAACUACAGUAAUGUCUGGCACCACAGUCGGGUGAGGAGAUACCUGACCUCCGAGGAAUGGCCGGGCCCCGAAUCCCAGGGCAAACCCUGGUAUGGUCUGCUCAUGCUGCUGAGGAAGUACCCUGAGCAUUUUGUCAUCAACACCCGGUCUAAGGGUCGGGUCACUCAGGAGUUUGUAUCUCUCGUUUCUCUCCUCUCCUGAAAUGUUCCAAACAAGUCUUGUCCGUGUUAGGUAAGUUCAAAUAUGUUGCCUGUUUUCAUUCAAUCUGGCCGGAAUCUGGUGCUAUUAGCCCAUAGAUUGUAAACUAGCCGUGAGAACGUUCUCUGUUGUAUUUCAGAGAGAUUUUGUGAACCUGUCUGUAAAUGUUAAACCGGUUAGUAACAUCUAUUCAUGUGAACAGCAUUCUAGUCAUACUCGAUAUUUGAAAUUUUCGAGCUUCCAAAUUU